CUUCACUUUUUCCCUUUCCUUCAUUUUCAUUCCACAAUUUUCCCUCUCACUCUCUCAUUUUUCCGACAAAGAUCACCCUCCACCUCCAAAUCCAUUUCCAAAUAUACUAACAACACCCCACUUCUUGUACUUCCACACCUCCCUCUUUCUCUACUUCAAAGUUCACUUCUUUUCUCCAUUUUGUGAACACCCUUUUGAGAGUUACUCUCAAUGACAUCAGGUACAAGACUACCAACAUGGAAGGAGAGAGAGAACAACAAGAGGAGAGAGAGAAGAAGAAGAGCUAUAGCUGCUAAGAUCUUCUCUGGUUUGAGAAUGUAUGGUAACUUUAGAUUACCUAAACAUUGUGAUAACAAUGAAGUUCUUAAAGCUCUUUGUAAUGAAGCUGGUUGGACUGUUGAACCUGAUGGAACCACUUAUCGUAAGGGAUGCAAGCCUUUAGAGAACAUGGAUAUGGUUGGUGGAUCAUCAGCUGCAAGCCCUUGUUCAUCUUACCAUCCAAGCCCCGGCUCGUCUUCCUUCCCGAGUCCAUCUUCAUCCCCUUACGCUGCAAAUCGUAACGCUGAUGGUAAUUCCCUCAUUCCAUGGCUCAAAAACCUCUCCACAGCUUCAUCUUCAGGAUCAUCUCCGAAACUUCCUCAUCCCUACUUUCAUAGUGGCUCCAUCAGUGCUCCUGUCACACCUCCCCUGAGCUCUCCGACUUCUAGAACACCGCGAUUGAAUGCUGACUUCGAUGAUCAAUCUGCACGGCCCGGGUGGACCGGACAACAUUACUCAUUCCUGCCUUCUUCCGGUCCUCCAAGCCCUGCCCGUCAGAUAGUUGAUCCUGAAUGGUUUGCUGGGAUCAAACUUCCACAUGCUAGUCCAACUUCUCCGACAUUCAACCUUGUAUCUCGAAGCCCAUUUGCCUUCAAGGAAGAUGGUUUUUCGGGCGGUGGUUCGCGCAUGUGGACCCCUGGACAGUCAGGCGCGUGUUCUCCAGCUAUUGCAGCAGGCUUUGAUCAAACAGCUGACAUUCCAAUGUCUGAAGCCAUCUCAGAUGAAUUUGCAUUUGGAAGUAACACAUUUGGGAUUGUGAAGCCUUGGGAAGGAGAAAGGAUCCAUGAAGAAUUUGUAGCAGAUGAUCUUGAACUCACACUUGGUAACUCAAAGACCAGGUGAAUUCUAUGUAAAUAGGAAUGUCAACAUUAACUUGUGUUGCAAACCUCCUAGGACUCCACUGCAAGUGAUUGGUACGUAGUGUGUUGUAAACUCCAAGAUACCAAGCUCGAUUAAAAAAAAAUGUAAUUACAUAAACAUUAACUUAUGUUGGUUUUUGUUGAGUAAGAAAUGUUUGAGGUAACGGAGGUGAGUGGAAGAAGCUGUAGUCAUUUUUUUUUCCUUUGCAAUUUUUCCUUUACAUUUGGCUAGUGCUCCAGUAAUAUAUACAUGUUUUUAGUUAGGUGUGGCGUGGAUUUUCAACCGAUUCUUUUCCAUUGUUGUAAGUCUUGUUAAACCUUAUUAUUGGACUCGUUAAUAUACUUUAUCAAUCGGCUUGGUUUGCCACUGAAAAAA